GCGUGCAUGGUGGGGGUCGAUCAUCAGACAAUAUUGCAAAUGGUGGAGAAUACGGAUCCACGUUUGACAUAUCGACGUGAAAGUACACAAAUAGUUUAGUUAUGUGAUAGAAAUAUUCAAGUAAAUAAAAAAUAAGUAGUUAUUGAAAGAAUUAUAAAAAUAAUAUUUUUAUUAAAUUAAUUUCCAUGUUUAAUUUACAAACAGUUCAGUUUAAGAAAUGCAGUUAUAUAAGGAACGUUUGCUAAGUGGUGUUCAAUUGAAACGCUUAGCCGAUCAUAAAUAUUCUUGUAAUUCGCAUAGUUUAUUAGAUCCAUUAUUACAACCAUGGUGGUGUUGGCUGUUAUCUAAAUUACCAUUAUGGCUCGCACCGAAUCUAAUUACCAUUAUAGGAUUAAUUAUAAAUAUUGCAACCACUUUGCUUUUAGUGUGGUUUUCUCCUGAUGCUCGAAUUGAACCUCCGCGAUGGGGUUGUGCUCUUUGCGCUUUAGGAUUAUUUAUUUACCAAAGUUUAGACGCUAUAGAUGGAAAGCAAGCGCGUCGGACUGGUACAUCAUCGCCCCUAGGUGAAUUAUUUGAUCAUGGAUGUGAUUCGCUGAGUACAAUAUUCGUUGCAAUUUCAGCAUGUAUUUCAGUACAAUUAGGAUAUCACCCAACGUGGAUGUUUUUCCAGUGUUUUUCAGCUUUAACAUUAUUCUAUUGUGCCCACUGGCAGGCUUACGUGUCUGGGUCAUUGCGUUUCGGACGAGUUGAUGUUACCGAAGCUCAAUUUACAAUAAUUGCUAUACAAUUGAUUUCAGCAUUUUGUGGACCUUCGAUUUGGACUACAAAGAUAGCUGGCGAUAUAAAUGUAUGUCAUUUGAUGCCGAUUGCUUCUACUGUAUGCGGUUCCGUAGCACUCUACAACAUGUUCACAGUUAUUUUCACGGGGGGUGUAGGAAAAAAUGGCUCAACUGUUGCCGUACCUGGUUUGGAGAAGUAUACGCUAAGUAAUGCGACUUGCGCGUUAUUCUACUCGGGUUAUAUUCAAUCAUUUAUAACGUUCUGUCGAGCGUUCUAUCGUGGCGGAUGCGGCAAAAACGGUUCAACAGUUGCCGGUACAAGUGUGUUGUCUCCAGUGAUACCAUUUUCCUUGGUAAUUGUGCCAGCAUUUAUAAUAUGUCGGAAAUCCGUUGACCAUGUUUACGAGCAAAAUCCUGUUUUGUAUAUAUUAGCAUUUGGAAUGGUUGCUGCAAAAGUGACAAAUCGUCUUGUGGUUGCUCACAUGACAAAGAGUGAGAUGGAAUAUAUGGAUUGGUCAAUGUUGGGUCCAGCAAUGUUAUUUUUAAAUCAAUAUUUUAAUACGUUCAUUCCUGAAUAUAUUGUGUUAUGGCUUUGCUUGGCAUGGGUAACGUUUGAUUUAUUAAGAUACAGUGCUCAAAUUUGUCGAGAAAUAUGUGAUCAUCUUCGAAUAAAUUUAUUUACAAUACCUUAUGGUGGAUAUACAAGUAGCAGUACAAAUGACACGUCUGGCGUUGUCGAUAAGUCAUCGUCACAAGAAGAUUCUCAUUCUGAGCAUGAAGAUUGCGAUCAUCUACUUCCAAAAGAUGUUCACGAUAUUUAACAUCAAUUACAAGCUACUAGGGAACGUGUACUCUUCAGGCCAUUAGCGUCCAAGGAAAUCGACCAAAGGAAUCCAGAAUCUAGCUGUUUAUCGAAAUCUUGGAAUUUUCAAAAGCAUUGGACUGGAUCGCUAAUGGGCUGAAUUGCCUAAGCGUUCCUUAAAUAUUUCAAUUGGUUCCUGUCAAAAUCUGCCUUCGUUAAAGCCAUUAGAAGUAUAACAUGCCUAGAAUAGCUUUUCGAAUAAAAUAUGCAUUUAAUAAUUGAACAAAUCAACAUUCGAAUUAAAAUAUGAAAUAUAUAUUUUUACAUACAGAAAUUUUAUAACAGUAUUAAUUGCAUUUGUAUUUUUAUAAUUAGAAAUCUUAACAUCACAACUUAAGGAUGUAAGAGGGAGGUAAAAGUAUGUGAAAUUUUAAUUUG